AUGCCUUUGACCAAACGCUAUAGCAAAUGCAAAGCAGAGAAACCACCGACUACCACGCACCAGCCCUGCUUCUACAAGAGCGCUUUUUUCAAUAUAAACCGGAGUGCGUCACCCCCGUUGCGCGUCCCAUAUCCUUGGUGGAAUGCGGCGUCUGUGCCGUUGGCACAGAACGGGUCCGGCGAGUCGCAGUACGACUGUAUCCGUGCCUGGUACAGCGGACACUGGAACCCCACGGGCCGCGCCGCGAAGCCGGGCGCAGUGGCGUUGCCCACGUUGUACGGCAGGCCUGCCACGUGCCGUGGGUUGCCCAUCAUGAUAAUCGCCGCUACGUUCUUGCCGAUGGCCAAUCUGCGCGCCCUGCGAAUAACCGUGCAUCACGAGUACGGUUUCGGGGCACUGCGCCGCAAACUGCGUCACCUGCGCCAGCACCGCCAGGACACCUGCCGUCACGCUGAGACUGUAGCUUCGGUUGGAGUUGCCGGCGGCCGGGUAGACAAUGGCCUCGGAUGUGGCGCCGGGAAACGCUUUCAGUAUCAAAUCGACGAGGGUGCUGGCGGAACCAAAACCGGGCGGCGCCGUGGUCUCACGGGCGGCAAUGACGUGCAGUUGCGGACAGACGAGGGGCGCGCUGGCGUUGGCAUUAUUGUUGGCGUUGUCUUGUGA